UGGAGCAAUUAAGGUCCGAUUGUCCGGGCGAGAGAUCUUCCUUUCACUCGAUCCACCGCAAGCGAGCGAGGAAGGUGAAGGAAUGAAUGCAGGCGUUAUUGUAGACAGAGACCAACAGGGGGCCUUGACCCAAGAGACAGAGACAGAGAGAAGGGAGAAGAUGAGAGAACACUUCAAACUCAACUCAUGACUCAUCUUCUUGCCAGAUCUGUCCGUGUCAAGAACCUGCUUAUGUAUCAACAGUUGAUUCUCAGGUGGCCCGGAUUAUCCCCGUCCUUCUUCUCCGACAUUCAUGUCCUCAGCUCAGCCGAGGACAAGUCCGAAGGCGGCAGAUGUACGAAGGCGGACAUUGACAUUUCGACCACACCGGCCCCAUUCUCCACUCCUUCAGAUGUGGAGAAUGGGUCAACUUUCCCGCACAGGAGGAUUCACUUUGCCUGUUCGAUCUAUGAACUCUCCAGUUGCAGAAGCCAGAAUCUGUAGUUUUCGACAUCCUUCUGUCCGACUAGAUUGAGUACUCGUCCAGCUUCUGAAACGCGACGCCACGGCGACUCUCUGGAAAUAUGUGCGUGGUCGUCUGGAGAGUAAGACGGCGUAAUUAUCUGGCUACGAUCAUCCAAUCGAUCAAGGGCAUACAAGACUUGUCUUCGUCUGUCGUCCACCGUGUUGAACAGCGUUGAGUGUGAGUUCUACCAGGUCACACCCACGAAGUUAUCGGCCUUCAGAAGAGGUUGAGAAUCUUUUACCUCGUAAAAGAUGGCAAGCUCUUAUUUCCAUGGCAAUCGGAAGAGAUGAACUAUCCACGGGAUGCAAG